CUCUCGCAGGUGGUGAUUGAGGGGUUCAAGUCCUACAAGGACCAGACCAUCUUGGAGCCCUUCUCCAACCGCAUCAACUGCGUCGUGGGCGCCAAUGGCUCCGGCAAAUCCAACUUCUUCCAUGCCAUCCGCUUUGUGCUGGACGACCUGUUCAGCUCGCUGUCCACAGAGGACAGACGCGCGCUGCUGCACGAGAGCGUGGGGCACCACGUGCUGAGCGCAUACGUGGAGAUCGUGUUUGACAACAGCGACAACCGGCUGCCCGUGGACAAGGCGGAGGUGCGGCUGCGGCGCAGCAUCGGCAUGAAGAAGGACGACUACUAUCUGGACAAGAAGCACGUGACCAAAAAAGAGGUGGCCAACCUGCUGGAGACUGCAGGCUUCUCGCGCGCUAACCCUUACUAUGUGGUGCAGCAGGGCAAGAUUGCGCAGAUGGCCAACAUGAAGGACGAGCAGCGGCUGGAGCUGCUCAAGGAGAUUGGCGGCACGCGCGUGUACGAGGACCGG